UACGUCAUCUUCCUGCGCCCUACGCUGAUGUGGCUCUCAUUGAUGUGAUUAGCAGCUGUGAGAAGCGCUGAAAGCUUUUCUGUUGCUCGCGUUAACAUAGCCAUAAAAACAAUAAUGAAGAAUUGGCUCAUUUUUGCAUUUUUCCUCUGUGUGUGCAACGGGGAGAGUUGUAUGAACCCAGUCAUUACACCAUCAACAUACACAACCAAUGAUGCAGUCAUCUCGUCCGAGUCCGUCUUCAUUGUGGAGCUCAGCUUGUCAUGUGCAAACGGAGUACAGAGUGUGGCAUUGUAUGCUGAUGUCAAUGGAAGACAGUUUCCCGUGACAAGAGGCCAAGAUGUUGGGAAGUACCAGGUGUCAUGGAGUCUGCCUCACAAGCAGGCUAGCUCGGGGACAUACCAAGUCAAAUUCUUCGACGAGGAGUCUUAUAGUGCACUGCGCAAGGCUCAGAGAAACAAUGAGGACGUGGACACCAUCAAGCCCCUUUUCUCUGUCAAUGUAGAUCACAGGGGAGCUUGGAGUGGCCCUUGGGUGUCUACGGAGGUCCUGGCUGCCGCUAUUGGCGUCUUGGUCUACUACUUCGCUUUUAGCGCCAAGAGCACAAUUCAGGCGUGACGAGAAACAACUAAACACACAUUACUGUAUAACCACUGACAUGCUGUAUGAUAUACCUCCAUAUUUUUUUCCUACAUUCCUUUACACACUCAUCCUUUUAGUAUUUGAUUUGUAAAUAUCUGGUAGUCUUAAUGGAGAUUAAGGGGGAUUAAGUAAGGAUUUAUAAUGUACAUUUCAGAAAAUCCAGUUCUGUCAUAUUUAUUUAUUAGAUUCGUAGAAAAUGGAAUGUUUGUUGCCCCAGGCAAACACCUGACUUUGAAACUUGAAUUUAAUAAUAAUAGCUGUGUACUGUACUGGAUUAGGGUUUGUCUGUAGGUUGUAGCUUUAGUACUACAAGCUCGGAUGUAAAUACAAGCAGGAGGGAAUUAAGGUUCAGUAAUAAUGACAAAUGCACUGACUGGAUUAAACGAAAACAAUGGUUUACAUUCAUAUUAUGAAAAAUAAACAUUUAUACAUUUUA